CAUCGAACUGAGCAACGGACUCCGGGCUCUCCUCAUCUGCGACGUCAGCGGGGCGGAUGGGAACGCCAAGGGUGAAAGGCAGCAGGGGGGGGCAGAGGAGAUGGACAAGGAGCAGGAAGGAGACUCUGGUGAGGGCUCUGAGGAAGAGGAGAGUGAUGAGGAAGAAGACGAGGAGAGGGAUUUGAUUGAACUAGACGAAGAAACGGACACGAAGAAGAAGAAGAGCCCCGAGAAGCAGGCGGCGGCUGCUCUCUGCGUCAGCGUAGGAAGCUUCAGUGAUCCAGAGGAUCUCCCUGGCCUCGCCCACUUCCUGGAGCACAUGGUCUUCAUGGGCAGUGAGAAAUACCCGGCAGAGAACGACUUUGACGCCUUCCUGAAGAAGCACGGAGGGAGCGACAACGCCUCCACCGACUGUGAAAGGACCAUCUUCCAGUUCGACGUGCAGAGGAAGUAUUUCAGGGACGCCCUGGACAGAUGGGCCCAGUUCUUCAUCUGUCCGCUGAUGAUCGAGGACGCCGUGGACCGGGAGCUGGAGGCCGUGGACAGCGAGUACCAGUUGGCCCGGCCGUCCGAUUCCCACCGCAAGGAGAUGCUGUUUGGAAGUCUGGCCAAGCCGGGACAUCCCAUGGGCAAGUUCUGCUGGGGUAAUGCUCAGACAUUAAAGCACGAACCAAGAGAGAAACAGAUCAAUACCUACGAGAGGCUACGAGACUUCUGGAAGAGACAUUACUCUGCUCACUACAUGACCCUGGCUGUUCAGUCAAGAGAGUCGCUGGACACCCUGGAGGAGUGGGUGAGAGAGAUCUUCAUCAAGAUCCCCAACAACGGUGAACCCCGACCCGACUUCUCCCAUCUGCAGCAGCCGUUUGACACUCCGGCCUUCCACAAACUCUACAGAGUGGUUCCUGUGAGGAAGGUCCACGCUCUGACUAUCAGCUGGGCCGUGCCACCACAGGGGAAACACUACAGAGUGAAGCCUCUUCAUUACAUCUCCUGGUUGAUCGGACACGAGGGAGCCGGCAGCAUCCUGUCUCUGCUCAGGAAGAGGUGCUGGGCUCUGGCUCUGUUCGGAGGAAACAGUGAGACGGGCUUUGACCAGAACUCCACCUACUCCAUCUUCUCUGUCUCCAUCACCCUGACAGAUGAGGGCUACCAGAACUUCUACCAGGUUGUCCACCUGGUGUUCCAGUACCUGAAGAUGCUGCAGACUCAGGGACCCCAGCAGAGGAUCUAUGAAGAAAUUCAGAAGAUCGAAGACAACGAGUUCCGCUAUCAGGAGCAGACGGAUCCUGUUGACUUUGUGGAGAACAUCUGUGAGAACAUGCAGCUGUUCCCCAAACAGGACUUCCUGACCGGAGACCAGCUCAUGUUCCACUACGACCCUCAGGUGAUCGGAGCGGCCCUUUCUCUGCUGACGCCGCUCAGAGCCAACCUGUUGCUGCUCUCUCCGGAGAACGAAGGCCGCUGCCCGCUGAGAGAGAAGUGGUUCGGUACCAGCUACAGCUGUGAAGACAUCCCAGAGGAGUGGGAACAGCGCUGGGAAGCGGACCUGGAGCUGAACCCGGACCUUCAUCUCCCUGCAGAGAACCGCUUCAUUGCCACGGAUUUCAACCUGAAAACAUCCGACUGCCCAGACACAGAGUUCCCCGUCCGGAUCCUGGACCUUGAGCAAGGCGCUCUGUGGUACAAGAAGGACAACAAGUUCAAGAUCCCUAAAGGCUACAUCCGCUUCCACCUGAUCUCCCCCAUCAUCCAGGACAGUCCUGACAACCUGGUUCUGUUCGACCUGUUCAUCAACAUCCUGGCCCACAACCUGGCCGAGCCGGCCUACGAGGCCGACGUGGCCCAGCUGGAGUACAAGCUGCUGGCCGCAGAGCACGGCCUGGUGGUCCGGCUGAGGGGCUUCAACCACAAGCUGCCGCUGCUGCUGAAACUCAUCGUGGAUCACCUGGCGGACUUCAGCGCCGAGCCGGGAGUCUUCAACAUGUUCACGGAGCAGCUGAAGAAGACCUACUUCAACAUCCUCAUCAAGCACGACAGACUGGGCAGGGACGUCAGGCUGCUGAUCCUGGAGCACCGGCGCUGGUCCGUCAUCCAGAAGUACCGGGUUCUGACUGCGGGCCUGAGCGUCCAGCAGCUGAUGGCGUUUGCUGCGGCGCUGAAGGCGGAGCUUUACCUGGAGGGGCUGGUCCAGGGAAACUUCACCGGCGCCGAGUCCAGAGAGUUCCUGCAGAACUUCACCGAGGCGCUGCGGUUCCGGGCCCCGGCAGCAGAGGUUCCGGUGCUGUUCCAGGUGGUGGAGCUGCCUCAGCAUCAUCACCUGUGUAAGGUGAAGUCUCUGAACAAAGGAGACGCUAACUCUGAGGUCACCGUCUACUACCAGGUGGUCGGCUUCGGCCCGCAGGAGAACGACCCGCCGGAUCUGACCGCCGCUGACUCCGCCUCCUCGACCUACGGUCAAGUGAACGAGCUGACCUUCCUGCCGGUCCUGGCGCCGGCGCUGCGGGAAGCCACGCCCAUCAGUGACAUCAGAGCGUUCACCUCAUCCCUCCCCCUCCACCCCUACCAUAAAAUCCUCAGCUAGCCCCGCCUCCGUUUCUGAUUGGUUGGUAAGAAGCAGCCAAUCAGCUGAGAGGACUGGGACAGGAAGUAGGGUGGAGGUAGAUUUGAACCAAAAUGCAGAUUUCCAGGGGAAGUGAAGGCAGCGUGACGACUCAGGGCUUUUAAAUAAAACACAAAUGUUUGAACUGA